AUGGUCAAGACUUCCGUCCUCAACGAUGCGCUUAACGCCAUCAACAACGCCGAGAAGAGCGGUCGCCGUCAGGUCCUGAUCCGCCCUUCCUCCAAGGUCAUCAUCAAGUUCCUUUCCGUCAUGCAGAAGCACGGCUACAUUGGCGAGUUCGAGGAGGUUGACGACCACCGCUCCGGCAAGAUCGUCAUCCAGCUCAACGGCCGUCUGAACAAGUGCGGUGUCAUCAACCCCCGUUACCCCGUUCAGCUCCGUGACCUCGAGAAGUGGGCCACUCAGCUCCUGCCCUCCCGUCAGUUCGGUUACGUCGUCCUGACCACCUCCGCUGGUAUCAUGGACCACGAGGAGGCUCGCCGCAAGCACGUUGCCGGCAAGCUCCUCGGUUUCUUCUACUAA